AUGACGGUGGGGGACUCAUCCCCCUCACCCACGGCGCUGGUAUCGGAGGAGUGGCAGACCAAGUUUCGUCGUUUGUUUGAAACCUAUUAUGUGACAUUGACGCGCCAUGCAUCGCGACUGCAUGCGAGCCUCCAAAAGCAAGCGCAGCGCAACCGGGACGCCUAUAUUCGGCACGGUGAGGUGUUCGAGGACCGGCAAGCCAAGUUUGAGCGACAAGCCAAGGAGACAAAGACGCUUAUGGAGUCAACUCAGGCGAUCUCUGUGAUGCUUCAAGUGCAUGGAUUGGACCUCCCGGAUCCGCAAAAUGAGCCAGUGCAGAAACAGGGUUUGCUUCUUGGCGCCAAGUCCACCUUGGCCGAAAUGAGCGCACGGACAGAGCAAGAAUUCGCGUCGGGGAAGAGCCCCUGGGAGGAUGAGGAGACCCGCAACUUCUAUACAGAUGUGUGUGAUCUCCGCGCGCAUGUGCCACCGAGCUUGCUAGCGGGCGGGGCCCAAGGGGACGAUCCGAAAAAGGCCUCCACAGAGACCGAGGAGUUGAGCUCGCUCACGUCGCUCCUGGAUCGACUGCCGUUGCUGGGCAACCGCGAAAUGGUGGAUCAGCUUGCAAUUGAGCUGGCCUUUUACACGAAGCCGGCAACGCGCAAGCGCCUUGUGGAACGGCUGUUGAGCGUGCCUAAACAGCGAUGGGACCUAGUGCCAUAUUACGCGCGUCUGAUCGCCACCUUGCAUCCGUAUAUGCCACUACUGGUAGACUCGGUGGUUGAACAGGUGGACCAGCGACUGCGCCGCAUGAGCUUGCGGAGCAAGAUGGAUGCGCAGACGCGCGGUCAAGCGAUUGUGUACUUGGGCGAGCUCACCAAGUUUGGGCUGGUGCCUGAGCAUAUUGUCUUCCACAUGUUUAGCAGGCUACUGGAUGACUUUGGUCGCGUGUCGCUGGAAAUGCUGGCCCUGUUGCUCGAGACGUGUGGGCGGUACCUGUACCGAAUGCCUGCCACGAAUGCGCCUAUGCAGAACGUGCUGGAUCAGAUGCGCCGGAAGCGCGCGGCGCACCACCUAGAAGAGCACCACGGCCUGCUGCUGGACAAUGCGUAUUUUAAGUGUGUGCCGCCCGAAUACCCUGUGGUGGUGCACCGAACGUUGUCGAUCAAAGAGCAAUUUGUGGUGCACCUCUUCGAGGAGAAGCUGACGGAGAUGAAAAUGGACCGAAUAAGCCAGCUGGUGCGCGCGCUCGACUGGCAGGACGCGAGUAUGGAGGACCUGUUGUUUGACAUGUUCACGUCGCCGUGGCGUGUCCGCUACGAGGGCGUGCGGGUCCUCGCCGACCUGUUGCGCGUACUGCACUCGUGGCACGCUCCGUUUGUGGUGCGUGUGCUGGACCGGGUGGUGGAGGGCAUUGAUACAGACCUGAGCCGGACCGAUUAUAUGGCCGGACAGCAGCGUGUGGCGCGUGUGCGCUACCUGGGGGAGCUGUUCCAAUGCCAACUGAUACCCCCUGAAGCCGUGUUGGACCAGCUCUGGCGGCUGGUGGUGCGCCGUGUGCACCGCCCCGACCGCUACGACGACUUCACGCGUGUGCGCCUUGUGUGCACCCUUCUGCAGACGUGUGGUGAGGCGUUUAGUGCCCAUCCAUGGCGUAAGCGCAUGGACGACUUUUUGGCAGCGUUCCAGUACUACCUGCUCGCUAAGCCGAUGCCGCCCGUGGACGUGGCGUACCAAGUGGAGCAAACACUGGACCAGCUGCGGCCCCGCCGCUCGCGUCAUCCCUCCAAGGCUGCGCUCGCGCAGCGUUUGGACAAAAUUCUGCCGCUGUUUUACCAGCGGGACCUGACGAGUAUUGUGGCUGGGCUUGUCAAGACGGGCGGCACAGAGCAUCGCCCCGGGAACGACGAGUCCGACAGUGAGAUACCCCGUGACCUGCGUGACGAGUGGGCGAGCUCCGGUGACGAGUCAGACAGUCAGGACGGUACUGAUUCGCUGUAUGCAUCGGAGGGUGAGCCAGCGAGUGCGUCGGACAACGAGCUGGAUCCUGAGGCGGCGCUCGACGAGCAAGCGGACGACGAGUUAGAGCAUGAGCUUGCGCUGCUUAUGGCCGAGGCGAAUGCGGCGCCGGGCUGGCUCAGCGGGGGUGGCUCGACGCUAGAGCGCACGCGGCAGGCCUACCAAGGAGAUCCAAGUGCCAGCGGCUGCCUCGAUCUCUGUGCGCGCGCGGCAGCAGCAAGAGCAGGAGGCAGCGGAGCGGCAGCAGCUCAAAGCGUAUGUGCUCGCGUACCGUGA